AUAUGGUACCAAAUUGUUUUGUUAGAAAUCACCGAAGGGUAGCAAGGCAAGGUAGAUUUAAUAUUAGAAUUGAACGAACGGCGGUAAACAGAAAACAGGAUAUACGCCGAGCAGGUGUGUCUGACAGAAAAAAAUGACCAGAAUAUGGAUGAUUCUGAUGCUGGCUCUCCCAACCACUGCCAGUAGGUACCUGCUGAUUGCUCCUGAGAAUGCUUUCAAGGGAGACAACUAUCCAGUGACUGUGGUGAACUACUUGAAUGAACCGGCUGAUGUUACGCUAGAGAUGAGUUCCAAGAGUACGAGUGGAUUAAUGGCAAGGACAUUUACAGGAGUCGUACAAGCUAAAGAUUCCAUUAAACUGGAUAUACCAGUGCCUGCAGAUGUGUCACUUAAUUUUAAAUUGUCCAUGAACCUGAACUAUUCCCAGUCAAGCAUACAGAUAAAAAAUUCAACACUGGUUCCCGUUAAGGGGUUACCAGGAUUCCUUACCAUACAGACCGACAAAAAGAUGUACAAGAAAAACCAGAAAGUUUUGAUUCGUGUGUUGGCUCUUGACAAAGAACUGAUGCCAGUGAAUGAGAAUAUAUCUCUUUAUAUCAAGGAUCCUAUUGGGAACAGAGUGGACAUGUGGAGGAAUUUACAGCCAGUGUCAGGUGUGGCCAAAGCAGAAUUUCUUCUGUCUGAUGACCCAGCACUAGGCUACUGGAAAAUCUAUGCAGAGCAGAAACACAGUGGAUCAGAGAUUGUGAAUGCUGAUGUAACCAUUACUGUGGACAAAUUUGUGUUGCCGCGGUUUGAAGUAACUGUUGAUGCUCCCCCUACAAUGUAUGGCCGAAGCACGGAUCCCCUGACUAUCAAAGUCACAGCCAGAUAUACUUAUGGAGAAAAUGUGGUUGGAGAUGCUAGGCUUUCUGUCAGUUCAACAGCAAUGCGCAUACCCACCAAUUCCCAGACUCUGAGAGAAGGAACAACAACAUUUGUUCUGCAGCAAGAUACCCUGAAAGAACUACUGCAAAACUAUGCCAGGGCUAUCCACAUAGACGCCAUGGUAACGGAAGGGUCGUCCAAGAUUGAACUGGUGGAAAGGACCUCAAUAAAACUCACCUAUAGUGUACUCAAAGUAGAACAUAUUGGGGAGGAAUAUUACUCUUCUAACAACCCAUACCACUUCUGUGUGACAAUCACAGAUGACAAGGGUCAGUUGAUCCCGGCUUCUGAAAGAGCAGGCUAUCAGAUGACAAUUACGCGGGAUUUAGAGACCCCCGUCCAGUCCCUGGCUCUGUCAGAUCUCACUGUGAUCGACGCCAAGCAUGUUUUUUGUGGAAUGGUCCGUCCACCCUUCCUUGAUCCGUUGAGACUUCAGAUAAGAGUGAGUGCAAAAGAUGUAUCCCAGAAUAAGGAUGUCGUGAUCAACAAACUGUCCACCUCUGAGAAAGAAUCGGCCGGGUCUCUGGGACUGACAGCCUGGGAUAUACAGCAGAACCAGAUGUCCUCCAAAAGUCUGUUCAAUGUCGGAGAAGAUGUCCAAUUCCAGGUUCUCAAAUCGGCACAGAAAGCAAACUUCCCAGUCUUCUACCAGGUAUACAGUAAAGGGGAGUCACUGGUUAAUGGGUUGGUGAACUUCGGUCAGAAUACGUCGGCCAUGCUGGUCAUCAGGACCAACAGGAAAAUGUCUCCGUCUGCGUCAGUUAUUGUUUACGGAGUCUCCAGUGGAUAUCUCAUAACAGCAAUGCAGAAAAUCCAAGUUAGCUUGAAUCUCAACGCCCAGACAAGCAUGUCAUACGGAGUGACUCGAGCCAGGGUGGCUUCCAAUGUAACACUGCGGGUGACCACCCCCCAGUCAAACUCUUAUGUGGCUCUGGUGGCCAUAGACAAAGGGUCGGAACUGCUGGGGGCUCCCAAUGAUAUUACAGAGACCGAGGUUAUAAGUGGUCUAGGAAUGUACUCAAUGGGAGGUGCCGUUGAACGACCUACUGAUGCUUUCAAUCAAAUGGCAGUGGACAGAAGGAAGAGGAGUAGUUUUUUCUGGCCAAGAAUAUACACUACAUUCCAUUUACUCCAGAGUGUCGGGGUACUGUGGAUGACAGAUGCCAUUGUGGAAGGAGAGAACAUCGACUUUCAUAUGCAACAGGAAGUCGUAAAUGAUAUGGGAAGGAACCCAAAUAUACCGAUGCCUGGAGAAAAUGUAGUUUCAGAUUUUAGUGGGUCAGCACCAAGCAGUGAUCAGCAGGUCAGAAAGUACUUCCCCGAGACCUUUAUCUGGAUGGAUGGACAAAGUGGAGCGGAUUCUAUUUUUGAAGUGAGGACAAAACUUCCCGACUCCAUUACAUCGUGGGUGACUCGAGCCAUAGUGGUCAGUCCGUCCAGUGGGUUACACGUCCCUGAUGUCACUCAGAUUGAGAGCUUCAAGCCAUUUUUCCUGGUAGUUGAGACUCCACCCUCCAUUAUACAAGGGGAGGUGUUUGAAGUGAAAGUCUUGCUAUUUAACUACAUAGAGAUGGGGCCUGAAGAAGUCCAGGCCACAGUUUCCAUCAGAGGAAAGGUGGACAAUACGGCGAAGGUUUGGAGUAGAGAGCUGGAGAGUGAGCCGACUUCUUCUGAUGGAGUCAGCAAAACUCUGACCGUAAAACGGGGUCAAUCAAGUAUGCUGGCUGUGUGGGUCAGAAAGCUGGACACAGAACAGUUCUCCUCUGUUCUUAAAUUGAUUGGGGAGGCAACUGCACAGGCUGAUGGACGGACCUACACAGACAUGAUCUACAAGGAUAUCAGUGCUGAGCCUGAAGGUCGGCGUAUUGAGAUGACCAAGGUGAUCAGCUUGGAGGCGUCUGGUAGCACUGAUAUCCCGCCAGUGGAGGUCUCCUUCCCUCCCUCUUCAGUCAAAGGUUCCAAGGCUGUGUAUGCUCUGGUCAUGGGUGACAUGCUCGGUCAGGCCCUGAGUAACCCCGAGAAGAUGAUCACUGUCCCGACAGGCUGCGGGGAACAGAACAUGGCGACCACUGUGCCAAACAUCUACCUGCUGCAACACCUGAGGGCCACCGAGACUGUUACAACACUCGAGUCCAAAAUCAUCCAGAACAUCAAGAUAGGGUACCAGAAAGAGUUGAAAUACAUGAGAAACGAUGGAUCGUACAGUGCGUUUGGAAUGAAUGACCCAUCAGGAAGCACUUGGUUGACCGCAUUUGUUUUAAAGUCUUUUGCGGAGAUUCACAGAAUGUUGCCUGAUCUUGUGGACCCCAAUAUCAUCGUCAUGGCUACCUCCUGGCUGAACGGACAGGUGGAUGACCGGGGGUCUGUCCUGGAACCAGGGCGGGUCAUCCACACAGAGAUGCAGGGAACUAUGUCGGACUCUAAAGAGAAGCUGGCUGCCUUUGUGCUGGCUUGUUACGCUGAAGUCUUAGACGUAUUCAGAGGAUCAAAGACUGAGCUAAUUUUCAUUAUGGCACAAACUAAGAUGACAGCUAUUGAGAAACUUCUGAAAGGCAACCUUCCUCGGGCUGUCACUGAUCCAUACUACAGCUCUUUGCUGGCCUAUGCUCUUGCUCUAGAUGGCUCAUCAACAUUGGAAGUUGAGCGGUUGACUCAACAGCUAAUGGAUAAUGCUACAUCCUAUAUGGAAGGUGCUGUUGAGAUGAAGUGUCUGGGUAAGGACUGUGGGGGUCAGGGCAAUGAGGAGAAGAGGCCCAACCCCAUGAUGAGGAUGUACACGGUCCAUGAGCCGUCCCCCUCUAGUAUAGAGAUGACCGGCUACCUCCUGUUGACCCUAAUGACUUCCAACAAAUCCACGGAGGCCUUACCCUUCCUUAGGUGGCUCAACAGUAAACGGAACAGCCUGGGCGGCUGGUACUCCACUCAGGAUACAGUGGUUGGCCUAAAGGCCCUGUCAGAAUUUGCCAGGAGUAGGAUGGACAAAAACAAGAAUGUUCAGAUAAACGUGGACGUAAUAGCGAAAGAAAACUCAACUGUACUAAAGACAAAGUCCUUCCAGAUUAACCAAAAUAACCGAAUCCUGCUGCAAAGAGAACAGUUCCCAGUGGAAACCACUCACAUCCAGAUCAAGCCAAACCAAGCUGGUGAUGCAGUUGUAACAGUUGUGUGGCAUUAUAACCUGGUGGAGUCUCUCGUGGAUGAAAACAUCCAGGUCACUGUCCAGAAACAGCCAAUCAGUAAUCAAAUCUAUGACAUCAACGCCUGCGUUCAGUACCUGGGAUCUGAGCCCAGCAACAUGGCCUUGGUUACAGUGACCUUGGGAUCAGGGAUGGUCCCUGAUCUGAAUCAACUGGACAGGAACCCAGUUCUGGCCAAGGUGGAGGUCGAGGGAUCUCAGGUCCACAUGUACAUCAAUGAGAUUACACAAGUUACUCAAUGUAUGAAAUUCACUGCUGUCCAAACCACAGAGGUAAAGGAUGCUAAACCAGUGCCAGUCAAAGCCAUGCUGUACUACAAACCAGAGGUAUCAGCUGUUGUGUCGUACGACCCCACCCCUUCCAGCCGAGUAAAACUCUGUGGGAAUCAGAUUUGUUCACGUGCAGGUCACAUGACAACUUCCAGCUUCUCUCUUCUGAUUAUGUUAUUGGCAUUAAUUUGUUUUGGCUGAGAAACUUGAUUAAUUGAAGAUUGUACAUUCCUUGAUAGAGUUCUCCCUUUUAAUAUUAGAUAAUAUCUAGGGUCAUUUUGAUUAGAGUUAAGAUUUUUGUUUUGUAUUUUUCUUUACAGUAUAUAUUUUUAUUGAAGAUAUAUAAUGUAGAUUGUAUAGACUUGAUAUUCUAUAGUUGUAUGAGAUAGUAUAUUUGCAACUUUUAUUUACAGGUAGUAUUUUUAUUUUCCUGAGGGAGUAAUUUUGUUCGUUUGUUGGGUUUUUUGGUAAUGAAAAUUAAUUAGAUUCAACUUUUGUUGACAAAAUUUUCUUUAGAUGUACAUGUUUGUUUAUUGCAAGAACUAUUAACCUUGAAUUCUAUUUAAAAAUUAAUUUCAUCAGUUUCAGAACACAAUGCAAGCUAUUGUGGAAUUCAAUGUUUCAUCGGGAAAAUAUUUUUUAUUUUCAAAAGUAGGGGGUUUUUCGGGGUUUUGGGUUUUGUUUGGGUUUUUUUUAAUUUAAGGUGGAAUAACACAUCGUCAUAAAAUGGCUGACCUCUGAUCGAAACAACAUUUUGUUUUAUUAAAAGGAUUUUAUCAACUGCAACUUACAGCUUACCUCAUAGCAGAGUGGAUAAAGUGUCAGGCUUAUGAUCCGUACAUACCGAGUUCGAAUCUUGCAGGGGUUUUUGUUGUUACUUACUGAAUUGAUUUUUUUAGAUAAUCAUUUUUUAUCCCCAAAAUGCAAAUUUUUCACUUACCGGUAUUUGACAUAUGUAUAGUUUAUUUAUCAUUAUAUCUUUCAUGAUCAUAAUCAAAUAAUUUACAGUUAAUUUGAGUGACUUUUUCCAGGUGUGUUAUUCCAUCUUAAGAAAAAAAUUGAAGCGACAAAAAUGUGAUGUAAUUGAAUAAUUAACAGACAAAUGACAAUUCAAUUUUAUGUUGAACUUUUGAUGAAAAUCUGGGUUUAUCUUUUUCUUUGCAGAAAUUUUAAAUCAUGAUUUUGUGGAGGGUUUUAUUUUAUUUUAAAGAUUUCUGCUGAAUUAAUUUGGAUUUUCUUUUAAAGAUUGUGAUACUUCCCAAAUGUAUUAAGUUUGAUCAAUUUUGUUAAAGGGAGUAAUUUUCAAACAGAGGUGUCAUCCAUUUUAAAACAAAAUCAAUUUGCUCUAAGGUAAAAAUGUAUAAUAGAGUCAUAAACGGCAACAAUGACAUGGCCGGGUAGGAUAAUUUCGGAAACGUUCUUGAAGUAUUGAGAAUAUACUGUAUAUCCAGGUUUUUUUUCUCAAAAUUUUUAAACAUGAGCUGAAUCUGCAACCAUUUUUAAUUGCUUAGUCAUUUUUACCAAUUUAAAAAGUUUCUUUAAAAACAAACAACGAACAUCGGGUAAUUUUUAUUGUAUUUUGUCCAAUCUGAAAGUGAUGGAGAAAAAUUGGAUCAUCUUGAAAAAUAACCGAUAAAGUAAUGUACAAACCCUGAUCAGGGUCAAAGAAUAUAGUUUUCCUUCAUAAAAAUAUCUUCUAGGCCAGUGAAAAAAAAAAAACAAAGGUAAUUAAGAUACAACGGGUACAAACACAUGCAGGCAUGUUUUGUUUCUUUCUAAGAAUUUAUGUGUACAUUUUAAUCCUUUUUAUUUAUGCUUUUAUUAAUAAACUUGUGUAUAUUUUUUUAGCUUACUGAUAUUUUAUUUUUUCUAUUUUUAUACAAGACAAUGUAAGCAACAAAGUAUAUUAUAUUCUUUUGUAUAUCUGCUAUUCUUGUACCGUACUUAAAUAAUAAAAAUAAAGCUAACAAAAUCUACACAA